GAACAUCUCUAUUGAACACAACUAUUUAUUUUUGAUAAUGAAUUUCAUUGCAAAAUUAAGUGUGCUGCCCUGCCCCUGCCUGUGAGAGAAUAUAAACAUAACACAUCAGUUUCUGCUACUGUCGACAAUACAGUUGGAAAUGCAACCAAUCUUUAACGACGCAGCGCGACUAUAGAAUUGAAAAAAAUGAAGCGAAAUUUGGAGUUCAACAAUAUGUCUAAUAUGGAGCUGCAGGAAUGGACGACUAGUAUCCUGGGCGAAGCUCAGUGCGAAAAUGAAAUGAAUCAAAAUCUUGAGUCGACCUCCAUCGCUAGGAUGUCACAUUUUGAGCGAAAUGCCAUCGAUGCAGCUAUUGCCUGCCACGGACUUUUCAUAGAUAAUGAUGAUGAAGAGAAGCCGCCUCCAGUUCGUCGACAGCGCCUGUGGCUGCCGCAGUCUACAUUGAGCAACGAAACAGCGCACAGAAACAACGGAAAUGUUGUUUCAGACUUUAACGAAGCUGUUAUAUUGGAGACCAUUGACAGUCUCGGUCUACGCAGGAGACCUUAAGUAAGGUUUCAGGAUUUUACAACACACAUCCAUAUGAUAUUGUGUAAAAAUUAUUGUUAAUUAUGCUUAAAAACUAACGAAUGCUAAUUUUCCUUAUUUUCAAGCUUUCAAGUUGACAAUUAAUUUAUAAGUCUA